UACUGGUGCAAGGCGGACUGGUAUCCCAUUCUGCAUCGUGCAUCCGAUAACGUGAUAUGACGCAACCCGGCCAAUGACAUCCUUCCCCUCGCUAUUGCGUCAGGCACGAUAGAACGGCACGAUAAAAAGGCGCUCGGCGACGACCCCGGUAAAGGCAGACCCGCUCGGCGCCCGUCACUUGUUCGUCGCGGGUGAUUCCCUCGUUGCAUCGUCGUUCGUGACCCCCGGUGGGAGAGGAAGUGGAAAGCGCGUUCAGCUCCCAAAUGUCUGAGACCAAGGUGGUGCUGGCUUGAGAUUGCCUUUCUGUUAAAGUAUCGCGUGAUGGGGCUGUUGAGGCUGGUGGCGGGCGCUGGCGCGGCGGUGUCGUGCGGGAGGACGUACGCCAAAGCUGCCGCCGCCGCCGUUCGCGUUAGGAGGACGUAGACAUUUGAAGAAAUCAGAAUGGACUCCCUAGAAGUAGACUUGGCAGAUCUUAACAGCAUUUUAAGGGACCAGAGUUAUAUUUGUGGCUAUGAGCCCACACAGGCAGAUGUAGCAGCAUGGGAAGCUGUUGAUGGUGCCCCCUCACCUGAGGAGUAUCCGCACGUUGCACGUUGGUACAUGCAUAUUGCCAGUUUUGGAGCUGAACGCAGAAAUUUCAAAAAAGUUGCAUUUUCUGCUGUGUUAAGAGAAGCUAACACUGACGGAAACAAAAAGAUGAAAGAAGUAGAGAAGAUGAAGCCUUUAAGUAACAAACCUCAGAAGGGGGCAUCUAAUAAAAGUGAGGCAGAG